AAGGCAAAGAGUGGUAGAUGAGGGAGAAGUAAUAGAAGUGGAACAUGCCAUUGUCACACAGGACAUAAAGCAUGCCUAUGUACAGCCUGGCAUUGUCAACAAGAGCUGACUUGCACAGAAAAGAAGUGACAUUUCCCUUUUUUUGCAUGCUUUCCACCUCCCAAAGACAACAAAAACAUGGUUUUCAGAGGAGAGACUCUGCUAUGCCCGGAUACUGCACUGUGACCCUCCAAGGAGGAAGUUCUGCAGGAGACGAUGUCUUAAAUACAACACAUUUCAGGAGGUGUCCCCCUUUUACAAGUGAAAGACAGAGCAUGCCAAGCCUACCACUGGAUGAGCUACAAGUUACCCUGAAGGAUCCAGGGACUGGGAAGCUACGUACAUUGCCUGCUCUGCAUCCAAGCCGCAUUAUUGCCCGACACUUUAUAGUGUAUACUCCUCCGCCAGAGUCCUGUGCCUCGGCUCUCCUAGAGGAAUUCUUGGAAAGGGUGGACUUUAUCCUGAAGGAUCUAAAGUGGCUUCUAGCACUGCCUUAUGAUCUUUUCUGGUGUCAGGUAAUAUAUGAUGAGUCGCUGCAAAAAUGUUUGGAUUCUUUUCUGAGCUGUGCACCCCGUCGAUAUGAUCGCCAUAUCCCUUUUCCAGCUGCUGUGCAGCAUGUACAAGAGGAACUCCAUCGCCAUGUUUUUCUCACAUUCCUGAGGAUGUCUACACACAAAGAGUCCAAGUAUCACCACAUGACUCCAUCAGUGUUUGGGGAAAUUUUGUACAACAAUUACCUUUUUGACAUUCCAAAACUUCUGGAUAUAUGUGUCCUCUUUGGGAAAGGGAAUUCUACCCUCUUGCAGAAGAUGAUUGGUAAUAUUUUUCAGCAACAACCCAGCUAUUACCAGGAUCUGGAUGAGAGUGUGCCUACAUUACUACAAGUUUUCAGCUCAAUUAUGAGUGUUUGUGGGGUUCAACAGAAGGAUGGUAAAGAACCCCUGAAGCUGGAAGGACAGAAACUGACAACACCCCUGGAUAUGCCAGAGCAGGAGCUGCAGGAUGCAGUUAUUUACCUCUGCGACACCUCUAGCACAAUUUGGGCUUUUCUUGAAAAUUUUCCAGUAGCUUCUGAAACUCUCCAAAAACACAACUUUCUCAGCAGCAUGAGCUCUUUUUAUGAACUGUGCUGCACAGAGAUUGAAUCUGCAAUAAUAAAAAGGACAUUUCAGGAGAAGAGCAUUCAGCUCGAUCUGUGGAGGAGACUGUCUCACUCCCGGAAGAAGUUAUUAGAAAUCUCUCAUAUCAUCAUCAGCAAUACAUGUCUACAGCCUAUCCUUGAGCACAGAGCAGAAAACAUUCAACCCUAUGUGGAAGAAUUCUUACAAAUAUUAACAAAUCUACUUCCAGAGAGAAGGUUUUUGUGUGACUAUGAUGAGCUGUUUCCAGUAGCGGAUGACAUCAACUUGCUACAACAAGUCUCCCCUUCUCUUGAUGAAACGCGUACCAGGUAUUUGUUAAAUGGUGUCCAGAGUGCAUGGACAGAAGUCCGUAGACCCAAGGCGCAUUCUGUACCACCACCUCGGACUACUCCUGACAGAAGCAUAGAAGGGGCAUGUGCCAGCAGUGAACAGAACUCCCAUUACCCUGAAGAACCUGAAUGCGCAGGUGCUACCGCUGUUCCACUUGUUAGCAGUGUUGAGCGGGACUCUUUAGUAUCACAGGUGAAAGAUCUGCUUCCUGACUUGGGUGAAGGUUUUAUCUUAAGAUGUCUUGAAGAAUAUGGGCACAAUCCUGAAAGUGUUAUCAACCACCUGCUGGAGGAAAACUUGUCGCCAUGUCUGCAAAAACUAGACCGUUCCAUGCCUAGGCAGGUACAGGUAGAUCCCUGUCCCCUUGUCACCUCGCGGUCAAAUAUUUUUGCAGAUGACGAAUUUGAUGUUUUCAGCAGAGAUGUUGUGGACACUUCAAGGAUCUGGAAAGGAAGAAGGAAACAAGAACCAGCAUCACAGAUACUAUCAGAUAAGAGCGUUAUAUAUGCACAGAAAGAGCGCUAUGCUGCCUAUAGCAUGGUCUCUGAAGAACACACUGCAGAUGGUGACUAUGAUGAUGAGUAUGAUGAUACAUAUGAUGGGAACCAGGUUGGAGCAAAUGAUGCAGACUCUGAUGAUGAGCUUAUUAGCCGCAGGCCCUUUACUAUUCCUCGAGUGCUCAUGUCUCAAAGACGAGAAGAGGGAGAAGAGGAGUUUGAAGAGGAAGACACCAAAGAGGAAACUGUCAGGCCUGAUCACUUUGUGCAAGACCCUGCAGUACUGAGAGAACGGGCUGAAGCAAGAAGAGCAAGUUAUUUGGCAAGAAAAGGCAUUCGACAUGACAACAGCUCAGCUGUAGGUGGAACAGCUCGGGGCCAGGGACAGAGUCGGGAAACAGUACAAGAGCGCCGAAAGAAAGAAGCAAACAAAGGAAUCCGAGCAAAUCACAACCGCAGGGUCAUGGCAGAUCGAAAGAGGAACAAAGGAAUGAUACCACCAUUAUAGUGGCGUUGUUUUUUUUAUAUAUAAUAUAUAUAGGAGCUGCUUCUUAGUGACUAAAGGCUGUUUCCUGUUGAGCAAUAAAUCGUUCAUAUUUUGCACAAAGAAACCUUUUUGAAAGGCUUUAUUUUGAAUUUCUAGUGCUCUUCUAAUGUUUCUGUUUUUUUUUUGUCUCUGCCAGUGCUAAGCGCCCAGUGCUUGUUGAGAAAUUGAUCACACAGGAAACAGUACUGGUUGUGAGAGAAUAGCCAUCUUAUAGUUAGUUAGAUAGAUAGUAGAGAACUUCAGGUGUCCAUCAAUUCAAAAGCAUGGAACACUUCUCAGAUUAUAACCCAUUUGCUUUUGGUGCUCUGUUCCCCAAGUGGACCAAAACAAACAGGACAAGCAAGGCUGCUUAAAAAAGUUAGAUUGUAUGCAUAUAUAUGUGUUACAGGUUGUCAGGGACAAAAAAAAAAGUAGGGGGAAAACUGCAAAUUGCACCAAUCUGCAGAUGAAAGCUCAAAAAAAUUUUAUUUUAUUUUUGUAAAUUUUGAAAAUUGCAUACAUAAUUCCUCAAUAUUUUGGGUCAAAGCAUUGUUGUAUUCUGUAGGCAUUUUGAACUGUUAACACUGCUGAACUCUGUUGUUUACACCAACAAAAUGCUAUUUUUUUCUCCAUGGUCAUGACAUUACCACCGGAGAGAGUAAUAGAAUAAAAGGAUGUACCCUCCU